AUUGUGAUGUAUAUGACGUCUGUCCAAGACCCAAGCCAGGGAGUUUAUGUGGCAAUCAAUCGGCCAAUGUCGCUCCAACAGUCCCUCGAACUUUGCUGUCAGUUGGGCAGUUUUUAUACAUAGGACGCAGGUCGUCGGUAGACAAGUACGUUUUGGAGCUCUUAUUCUAGAAGUAGGAGUUUUAGAGUGUAGUUUUUAUUUUUCGUACGUGAACAAUUUGAGCGAUGCAGCAAAGCUGUGCACCAGGUGAACCGGGAUUUCAUACCUACGGAACAGACACGAGUCUGGACGGGGGAGGGCCUGCUACAGGGCCGACCAGGAUGGACGCAGGCGACGACGACAGCCCCGGUAACGCCGACACCUUCCAGCCGAGCGGCCUCGGCCUGCCAUACGGCAUGACAGGAGGCUACACCCCGCCGGAUAGCAACAGCUCCCGCUCUUCCCCAGGCGACGGGGUGGACGCGGAACUCUCUCGGUACAACUCGCAGGUCCCUCCCGACUAUCCUCUAGGACCCUACCCAGGCGCUAACCCCGAGAACGCGUACUCCAUCACAAGCAUGACGCCCUCCCCUCACCCCUACCCAAACGGAUACGAACAACCGCAGAUGUACGGGCAACAGCCGCCGGGUUACUUCGCCCCGAUUACCGACUCGGGUCCUCCCCAGGCCCCUAACGGACAGUACCCGCAGGGUUACAACGGGAACUACCCCUACCCGGGCGGCGGGUCGAUGUACGGUUACCCCCCGGGCCCUCCCCCUCCCCCCGCCAAACUCAGCGUCUUUCUCACCAAUCGGGAUCUCUGGGUCAAGUUUCACCAACAUGAGACGGAAAUGAUCAUCACCAAACAGGGCAGGCGAAUGUUUCCGGUACUACAGUUUGCGAUAUCCGGUCUGGACCCGCAUGCGCAGUACAACGUGUUUGUGGACAUGGUGCUGGCAGACGUCAAUCACUGGAAGUUCCAGAACGGGAAAUGGGUGCCGUGUGGCCGGGCUGACACCAACCCACAAGGAAGCCGGGUUUACGUCCAUCCCGAGUCUCCUAACAGCGGAGCACACUGGAUGAAACAAGAAGUGGUCUUCAGCAAACUCAAACUCACCAACAACAAAGGCGCCGACAACGGACAUGUGGUGCUGAACUCCAUGCACAAGUACCAACCCCGCCUGCACAUCAUCGAGGUGACCAACAGAGGCGGCGGCGGCGAGCGCGUUCUACAGUCCCACAGCUUCCCCGAGACGCAGUUCAUCGCAGUUACCGCCUAUCAGAACACCGAUAUCACCCAACUGAAGAUAGACUACAACCCUUUCGCAAAAGGAUUCAGGGACAACUACGAUGGGCCCACAAACAUCCGGCCAAAUGGUUAUGACGGCAGACCUGCAAGUAUAGAGCCGGGAAUGCACCCUUCCUUGGGUGCCCCCCUCCCCCUCAUGCCGCCCAUCUACCCCGUAGGCCCGCCAAUCCCUACGCACAGCCGCGGUAUCCCUCCGCCGUACGACAUGCGGUCUCACUCGUCGGGAGAAAGUAGUUCCUCGCCGGACAGCCCGGAGAUGCAGACGAAAGACUUGGGGUCGAAAGACACCGCUUCAGACGUGCCUGGGUCCACUCAAAACGGACAGACAAACGCCACACCGGAGAAGCAGGUGUCUCCAGCCAGAGUGAACAACUCAAAUCUACUCCUGACAACAACAGCUCCGUACACAAUCGCCAGCGGUCAGCCGCACUACUCCAUGGCCAUGCACAACAGGGGGAUGCCGCCGCAAAACGGGGGUCUACCGCAAAACGGGCAGAUGUCGGAAAACAGCAGCAUGGCACAGAACGGCCAGUCACCCGGAGAGGAGGCAAGGCCCGAGUGGAGAAGCCCCAGCAAAACCCGUCCGUCUGGGGAUGACGACGAUCGCGACACGGCGGCAAAACGGCUCAGGACGGAAGAACUCCCGCCAAACUACGACGAAACAUCCGGGAACAACUACGACGUCUACAACGACCAAUCAGGAGACGCCACGUCAUCGUUCGCUCAACCGCCGGAGCACAUGCAGUACCAUCGCUACAACGGCUACUACUCGGCAAACCCAGAAGACUACGGACACUAUUACGAUAGAAAUAGCAUGCAGUACGGCUAUUACGGUAACCAGGGGUAUCAGGCGUCCGCGCACGCGCAGUUCGUAGACAGUGAGAAGUUUGCACAUGCGCAUUAUAACGGGUCAUACCACCAGGCCCAGUACAACGGGGGGUACAUGCCAACAAGCACCGCCAGCGCAGAAACAGCAUCUGGACAUUACUAAAACUUCCACACUGAAGCUAGCAAAAUAACACCGAAGAUCCGGUUCAAGUACAUGUAUAAUGUGUGAUAGUUUUUAGACAGUGCGCCUUCUGUGCUAAGUUUCAUUUUGCCUUCAUGUUGCAUGUGGAUUGUAAGAUAUGUACGUUCUUUAGUAUUUAUUGUUGCAUCGUCCCAAAAUGACGCUAAGGCCUUCUGGCGUUUGAUGUUUUAGACAGUUAGAAAGCCGUGGUUUAAAUGUUAAAACAUUGACAGUUUUUAUCGUAGAGUAGCUUUGUUGUGUCGAAGAUCAGUAGGAGAUUAGCUAAGCCACACAUCGAACGUGCCUUGAAGGUAUGUGAUGUCUAAAUGAACUUGUACAGCUAGGCAGGAGGUCCCUUGCACCUCGUGCAACACUUUAGGCGCCCCACCUACCAGGACGAGAACGCACUGCAGGAAACAUUUGUUGCAACAUUUUUACUCCUUACUUACUACUAUUAAAUAUCGUAUAAUGCUGCUAAAGCUAAUGUGUUUUGAUAUGGAAAUUUAUACUUUUAAGACAAUCAAUGCACUAACGUCGUUUUAUAGAUUAUACUCAUAAGUUCUCGUUGACGAAUUCUAGUAAGUCAAACAUUGUUGCAUAGUCACGUCUUUUCUGCUAAGACGUAUUCUAAAAUGUAAGUAAUCAUGUUAUACUUGUUGUUGAAUGAAGUAGAAAAGCAUUCCUACAACCACA